CGCGGGGUAGUUGUGCUCGCUCGCGCUGGACUCAGUGUCAGAGAAGGAGAAUCACGACGAAGAUGGUCUCAAUAUGCGGAGUUCCCCCCGCGGAUAGCCUCUGUUGGUACUGAUUCGGAGUGUUCUCCCGGAUAACUCCGCUUCGAGGAGUUGCUUCGUAUUCGGAAUGAUGCUAUGAAGACCACCAGAGAUGACUGAUGUGGAACCUGUUGUCACUGACUUUGCAGCCACGGGCAGGACUGGCCGGCGGAAUGCAUUGCCAGAUAUUCUAGGUUCCACAGCUGGUCCUGGAGCUGCCGACCUACCUGAUAAACUAGCCGAGCUUUCAGUAGGAGAUGAUGGCGAACAGGGCGGAGAGAGCUCAUCCUCGGCCGACCCACCUAAAGAAACCACAGGGGAGACAAAGACAGAGGGCUCAUAACUCGACACCAACACCGCAGUGAACUGACCUCACGAGAGACUCACACAUGACCUGCCUCUACUCUUUGCCCAUUGACCAAACAACUGUUACACUCUGUGCUAUGCAACAUCAAGACCACCUAUGAUUGGCAUUCAGGCGUGGGUCAGCAGGAAACAGCUCAUUCCUGUUAGAGGAAUUCAUCAUCUGAAGUCAUGUUUUUCAAAUAGCUAUGAUUGUUUAUCUCAUUUCUCAAUGACUUUGACUUUUUUCCCAAAGACUUACUGUCAUGAUUUUCCUAAUGACCGGCUGUUUUGUGUGUCUUAUGAAAACAGAUGUGACCUGCUUUCCCAUUUUAAAGGAACAUCUUGUUUAGUUUUAAGACUUUCCAUAAUGGCAUUUUCUCUGAAUGUUGACAUGUAGUGGCAAAAAUGUCUCUUUUUGCACAAAAAAGUAAAUACAUUCCAUUUGGUGAUGUAAGUAAAGUUUUUUAUCUUACAAUAAUUGUCUGUCCUUGUACAACACCACAUCUUCUGUGUUUUGUAUUGUAAAGAUAUGCAUUGUUAACAUUCUAGCCGGAGGAUAAGAAACAGUGCUGAAUAACACGGAAUAUGAUAUUUUCUUCUUGUAAAUACAGAAUUGUACAUUAUAUUUGCUAGUUUUGUUUUAAAGCCUUCCUUUGUGUGCUGUCAGUGUUGAGCCGGAAUUGGAUUGUUAGCUGUCUGAUGUAUCGCUGCAAACAUGUCAUUCGGACGUCAUCUUAAGUGCUUGUCUCAGAUAUUUCUUUACAGUUGUCAAUGGCAAUGGAAAAAUAUGAUUGUGGAGACGUGCUUUUCUUCCUCUUUUUCAUCUUUGCAUCGUGCUUCUGUCAGAGAAUUACAUUUCAUUUAAUUUUUUUUUACCUGCCCAUAAAUCUUGUGUUAUUUUGUCUGUUGUAAGCUACAUAUAAAAUGCCAUUAUGCUAUGUUUAAAAAUUACAAUAAACCCCGUGCUUAGUUUU